AUGAUUGAUGAUGGCAGUAGAGUAUCUUGGAGAAACAUUAUUAGGUAUCAUAAAGCUCGUCCCCGUGCAGUGGUGUGCUUAUGGCUGGCGUGCCACAAACGGUUGGCAACCGAGGUUCGAUUAGCUGGAUUAGCGUUACUGCAAGGGCAAGAUAAAAGAUAUUGUUUAUGCAAGCAGAAUGAUGAAGACAUAGAUCAUUUAUUCUUCCAAUGCCCUGUCACUUUACCCAUAUGGAGCCAUAUUCUUGAGUGGCUUGAGUUCUGGCAUAGACCUCAGAAAUGGGUGGAAGAGUUGGUAUGGCUAAUUGACAUCACUAGAAGGAAAGGGUGGAAAAUUUCUCUUCUCAAAAUAGCUAUUGUAGAGACGGUGUAUAGUAUAUGGUCUUUGAGAAAUAGAAUUUGUUUUGAUAAUAUAGACAAUACUUAUGGGAUAGAAGAUAGCAUUAAAGAUAGCAUAGUGUAUAUAGGGUGUCAACAUAUGAAAUGUAGAAGCCACCUUGUAAAGUUGAUGCUAUAG